AUGCCGAUGGCGAAACCCACGCCGGCGCCCAGUACGAUCACGCUGAGGAUCACGCACCCCGAAAAGGAGCGGUUCGAGCUCUGCGAGAUCGAGUGCGGCGCGGCGACGACGCUCGACGAGUUGAAAGACCAAAUCUGCGCGAAGACGGGGCUCCAGGCGCGCAUUUUAGUGAUGGCGAAGCGGUAUGACGCGGACGGCGACCUGGACGAGGCGCAGCGGGCCGCGCUGCGGGCCCAGGCCUACGUCAAUUGGGUGCGCGGCGGUGUGGAAAUCAAAUCCGUCGACGAACUGCGUCUGCUCGAUGGCGUGGCGAUUCCACGCCAUCGAUGCGACGUUGUUCGAUGGCGUGGAAACUUUACGCCCUCGAGCAGACGCGUCGAUGAUAGAACCACCAGCAAGACACUGGUAUAUGGCAUGCUCAUGUGAUGACAGCGCUAUAGACCCGGACACGACCUGAGACACGGCUCGCGCCACCCACUCCCUCCCAGACCUAUCUUCGCACUAUGAAGGUCAUUUCCACCCAGGUCCCGGCGGAACCGGGCGACACGCUCGGCAGCGUUGGGUAUAGGAACGGCGACCAGUGCGCCUUUACUUAUCUAGGCCCGGCCGAGGAGGACCUGCGCCCCGAGUUCCGCGCGGCCGAGGACGUGUCCGUAUCCUCUUCUGAUGAUGAAGAAGACGACUGAGGCGCCGCGCCGGCGUCCGUUGUUGUUUUCUUGGCGCCCCACGCCAUCGCCGCGACGUCGUCCCUGUGACUGCGUCUGCUCGAUGGCGUGGAGAUUCCACGCCGUCGACGCGGUGUCGUUCCCGUAACGGCAGCGGCUCGAUGGCAAGGAGCGGGAGAAGAACACAAACCGCUCUGGUCUAAUGGGAGGACUCGUGGCUUUAGCCCAGUGCCCGCGCAGUGGGGGUUCGAUUCCCUCGGGCGGUUUAUGUUUCUUCGCGCGACGCGGCGCCCGCGCGCAGGUACUCCUCGCCGCCGUGUACAUAUCCCGCGAUGAUAGCGCCCUCUCUGGCGCUGUCCUAUUUCCAUGCCCCCUGACCGGAGCCGUCAUGACGCGCGGCGACGCCCUGCAAGUCGCCGCGCCGAGGACACCCAUCCUUCGGACGGUCGCUCCCCUAUUUUAAUCAAACUAUCAUAAA